AUGCAACGCAUCCAAAGUUGGUUCGACCAGCUGACGAUCAGUCGGCCGACGCGUCGCACAUCGCGACGACGUCGCGUUGUCGCCACCACGACGACGACGUCGUCAAAGCCGCGAAGAGCGGUGUCGCCGGAGCCGCGACGCGACCGCAACGCCGCCGGCGAUCAUCACCGAGGCUUCCCCUACCGGGCCGCCUCGCACAGUGUCAUCCGUGGCGAGCGAGCUGAGUUGAAGCCUGUUCCAGGUAGUUAGAUGUGCAGGCAGUUGGAAUCGGUUCAAGACAAACGCAUUUGUCAAGAUCCGAUUAGACAUGUUUGCUCGUUCGUUUCUUUCUUCGUCGUGUUUUCACGCUUUACGGUCCUUGCCGUCCUCUUUUUGUGGUACUUCUGAGGUGCGUGGAAAUUUUGUAGAUGAAAAAAACCAUCUCAAAGAUUUCAUAGUUCAUUUUUAGAGCUAUUUGAAGCCGGAGCCUGAUUUUAAAUAUUGAAAAGUAACGCCAGAGUGGUCCCGAAAGGGAUUAGGAGGCAAAACAGCCCUUAAGGUAGGGGGCGCAAAGCCCCGCCCCUUCACGCCACCAAAAUGACGAUUUUUUUGUUGCAAAAACGGUUUUGAGGCGUUUAUACUAGCUAAAGGCCCACUUUAAAAAGGAACUGCUUCUGUUAAUCUAUGUAAUCGACAACGCUCUACAAGACUGAAUAUUUUAAAAAAACUAUGUUUUUCAAAAAAAUAAGCGAAAAAAAGUAAGAUUUAACACGAAAAACUGACAAGUUUCACAAAAAUCGUCGCGUUUCAGAAAACCAAGUGAGGAACGCUUCUAAAUUUUAAUUAUGUUAUACAUUAACACUUUCUUUAUUUUUUUGAGUGAAAAAUAAAAAAAUCUACCGACGCGAAAAAAAUAUUAAAGCUUGUAAAGUGACACCAAACUUUGAAGCUGAAAUGCGAAAAAAUUUCAGCGACAUGGUAUACUUUUUAUUUGAUUUAAAAACUCACAAUGUGUUCAAAAAAAUAAAAAAAUUCAAAAAUGAAAAAUAAUUAUUGGGACAGCGAAUUAAAUUAUAUUUGAGUUUUACCAAAACCUCCUUUUUUUCGCCUGCCUCGUUGACGCAUGAGAGAAUAGGAUCGCGUCUAUACUUUUUGAUUAUGUUAUUAAGCGUUCAAAAACUCUAUCAAUGAAAAAAAUUAUGAAAAAAAUCGAUCGACGCGAAAAAAAUAACGGCUUUGAAAAACCUCGAAAAAAAUGGCAAUUUUUUUGAAAUUUCGGAAGAUUUUGUGCAAGUGUCCGUAGCAGUGUUUGCGUCAAACACACCGAUGCGUCCUUUUAAAUGUCGCAGGAGCCGUUUUUUUCGGAGUCAAAUGGCACUUUUUUUCCUGUUUUAUUUCGAAAUAACAUUAUUUUUUUCAUUUUUUUCUUUUUUUUCCAAAUCGAAUGAUAAUAAUUUUUUUCUGAGUAAAAAAAGAAAAAAAUAAGCUGAAAAAAAUCCCUUUGACCUUUUUUUCUAGGUAGUUUUUUUGAUAUUUUAUCAAAAAAAUUCUUAUGAGGAUUGUACAAAAGAUUCAUACCAAAACAUGAAGCGCAGUUCGGACAACCUCUCAGAACAGAAAACCGAUUUAAAAACGGUCCAGAAACGCGCAAAAACAUUUAAAAAGAAAGCGUGCGGCAGCGGGUAAACCGUGAGAUUUUGCCUCCAGUUGUACGCCGCGCGCGCUCGUUUUUUGGCCGUAACUUUUUUCUUAGUGGAGCUUUUUUCAAAAACUAAACGGAUUAUGAAAAUGGACAGUCUCCUCUAUCGAACAAUGUGAAAAACAUAUUUUUUGAAUCGUUCUGAAGAAAUGGCUUGCGGUCCCUACCUUAAGGGGACAAAAAAGGGUUUGCUAUAGGGGUUUAGGGUCUUAUGCUUAAGUGGCCCUAGAGGGCUUUUUGUUUAGAUCUGAAAACUUAAGAAGAUUUACUCUCUUUUUCAUAGGACCACUAACAAAAAACCCCCAUAGGAGCCACUUUUGCGAAUUCUAGUGGUCCCUAGAGGGGUGAGUAGGUCCCAAAGGUUGCCACUUACUAUAGAGUCUACAGUCACAAGUCCCUGAAGCUUGAGUAAUCCCUAAAGGGUUUUUCAGAUCUAAAAAUAAAUUUGAUCGAUUAAACCUCGAGGUCAUUGAAAACCCCAAAAGAACCACUCUUGCAAGCUUGCCCCUAGAGGGGUCCCUAGGAUGCCUCUAUACUAUAGAGUCUAUAGGGACUACUCAGCGUUCCUUAGAGCGUAGAAAGUGUCAAAAUUUUACAACGACUCUUUUUUUAUGGAAUCUGACCAGGUAAUGGUCUCAGCUCACAAUGGAACUCAGUUUGAAUGAGACUUUCCUCUUUUGAGGGUCCAUAACUUUUUUCACAGACCUCGGUGACGAUUUUUAAAACCGAAUUUGGAAUCAGCAUAAAAAACUACGUCUAGAAAACUUGUUCAGAAGUCCCAUUGUAAGCUGAGACCAUUCCCUGGUAAAAAAAAAUGAUUUUUUUUUCGAAAAUUCGAACUUUAAGCGUCUUGAUUGCGUUAGAAAACUUGGAGAUCCCAGAAAAUGCUUCAAAAAAUAAAACAAAGAUUAGAAACCAGAAAAAUUGCCUCGAUACGUGAUUCCAAUCAUUCGAAUCGGUUAACAUUGAUAUCCCCUGGAGAGCUUUUCAAACACCAUUCGCCGGUCGGAAUGGAACUGGUUCGAGCCGCCGCCGUCGCGUGUUUUCUUUUGUGUUCUUCCUUGCUUCUUUUUUUUGUUUCGCUUGAUGGAACUGAUACGUGGAGGGGGAAACGUGAUCGAGACAAAUAAAAGGUUUCAGAGAGGGGGGUUUUAACGGUGUUUUCGGUUGCACUUUUGCUUUUUAAAGGUUUUUGGAACCUCGCGGUAAUGGAUCCUUUUUAGAAGGGAGAUUUAACCAAGGGAUUUGAAAGCUUUCCUGAAAUGUUAUUUCCUAUUCCCAAUUUCAAAUUAAAACGGAAAAAUUGAGUUUUUUUUUUCAUAAUUUUCUAUACGCCAUGCCAGUUCUAAAAGCCCCAUGUUCGAGAUAAAAAGAUUCAGUGCGAAAAAUGAGCUAACAUGAGCAAUAAGGCCUUUUAACUCUGAGAAAAAUUUUUCCUUCCUCGAAAACUUAGAAACACAUUAGCGGUUAAAAAAAUUCAGUGCGAAAAAUGAGCUAACAUGAGCAAUACAGCCUUUUAACUCUGAAAAAAAUUCUUCCUUUCUCGAGAAAUUUCGAAAAAUUUGAGAGGUUUGGAAAAACUUCAAAACCUAAAUGAGCUAACAUGAGCAAUAUUUUUGCAUUUUCAGUUCCAAUCGCCUUCCCGCCACCGCCCUCACUCGAAGGAUCGUUCCCCAGAAGAAAUGUUUGUUUUUUUCUCUUUUUCCUAGUGUCAAAAGCCUAAAAAUGGGCUAAAGAUAAACUACAGUGUAGUUGGUGAGCAAUGAUGACGUCAUCAUCGAAAAGUAAAGUAGGAAUCGAGCCGUUCGGCUGGGAAGAAUGUCGAGAAUUAUUCACGGAUUGGAUUUGAAAAUUGUUCGGCGGCGCGAUGCUUGGGGAUACCACCCUAUAACAUGAGCAAUGACGUUUGUUGGAGGUUUUAACAUGAGCAAUGAGGCUUUUUUAAAUUUUUUUAGCAAGCAUCGAGCUCUCGUUAUUUUUGACACUCCUCAAUAUUUUCGUAAGGCUUUCAUCCUUUCAAUUCCAGCUUGUGAGAGAAGAUGGCCAAAAUUAGCCGUAGAGCACGUUUGCUCAAAAAACGUCAGUCUUUUAUUCAACUACCGUAUUUUGGUUAAUCUCUUCAAUGGGGAAAAUCCGUUGACUCACUUUUUUUAUUUUCCGAUUCUUCCUGCCGAUUUUUAGAAGAAAAUAGAAAAAAAAUUUUUUUUCUCAAUAGAGCAUAAUAGACGCUACUGCUCGGGUCAAUUUCGCGCCUCGCUUCGGCUAGAAACGUUGCCACCAUUCAUUUGCAUGCAAUCAUGAAUGUGAAGUGAAGGCGAAGGACCCCCGUGGCUUUAGGUUUCCCUCAUUCUGCUCUCGUACGCACACUCGCCGACAUCAUUUCCCAUCAUUCUCACUCAUGGCAGGAAGAAAGGAGAAUAACUACAACUUGGGAAUGAGUCAGGAGGAUGUAUGCACUUCAUUGCGCUUGAAAAAAGCCAGGGCCUACUUUUUAUCAUUAGAGCGCACUUGCUCAUGCACUUGCUCCUGCGGCUAUUUUUUCUUAUUUUUUUGAACGAACAACAAGAACUACAACUUUUGAAUGAGUAAGCACUUCAUUGCGCUCGAAAAAAAGCCGGACUUACUUUUUAUCAUUAGAGCGCACUUUCGCAUGGUAGCGCGGCUGUUUUCGAAAAAUAGAAAAAAACUAGCGAAUGCAAAAUCAGGAGAUUUUUCUAUUGAAGAAAUAAGGCAUAGUAAUCGAAAAAACGCUGACCAUUAUACUGACAAAAUCCGCUCCAUUGCUAAUUUGGCCUUUUUUGUUCAUGGGGUCGCAUUUAAAGUGUGAAACCUCUCGAAAAAAUUGAGAAAUUCAUAUAGAGAAAAACUAGAGAACUUUUUCUCAACAGAGCGCAUAAGCUCACUUAAAAAAAUGCUGUUUCUUCUAAUUGAUUUUUUCGUUAUUUUUUUUCUUCUUUUCAAAGCCCAUUAUUGAAUUUGAUCUGAAACGAGACGAAUUCGGAACGAAAUUCCAGUAAUAGUCCUUCUCCCAAAGAUGGUUAUCUGCAAAGCGAGGCGCUCGUUAUCUUCCGAAAACAUCUUGGCGGUCGUGUGCGAAGCCUCGGGGCCUUUUCGAUGAAGGAGAGAAAUUGGAAAAAUUGGGGUAGAGCAGACCGAUUUCUCAGUUUUCACAUAAUUUUCUAUUGUAGAAAGGUCAAGGGAAGAGCUUGGAUGAGCUGAGCUAACAUUAGUAAUAUGAAUUUUCAGUCGGGCCAUAUUGAGAGGAGCUAAGCUAACAUGAGCAAUAUAACAUUUUCCUGCUGAUUAAAAUUUUUGACGAGGUCAGAGGAAAAAGCUUAAAAAAUAAAAUACUUUCAAUGCGCUAAUAUGAGCAAUACUGAUAUUUUCUUGUUUUCAACUUGAUUCCAAUGAGUUGAGCUUCGAAAGCUACUAUCAAAAAAAUCAUUUUUAUGAGCAAACAUGAGCAAUAUCGAUUAUUGUUUUCAAAUAGAUUCCAAUGGGUCAAGCCCUGAACACGAAUAUCCAAAAAACGUCAAAAUCAUUUUGAUGAGCUAAGAUGAGCAAUAUUCAUUUUUCAGCUUGAUUCAUUUUUUGAGCUUGACCAAUGGUUUAAGCUCUGAAAACUAAAAAGAAAAAACUCAUUUUGGUGAGCUAAGAUGAGCAAUACGGAUUGUUUGCUUUUGAGCUUGUUUCCAAUGGGUCGAGCCCUGAAAAGCUUAUAUUCAUAAGUAAUCCAAAAAAACUCGGAAAAUCAUUUUUAAUAGGCUAAUAUGAGCAAUACUGAUUUUUUCGUGUUUUCUACUUGAUUUCAAUGGGUUAAGUCGUGAAAACUAAAAUCAAAAAAAGCAUGUUUGAUGAGCUAAUAUGAGCAAUACUUAUUUUUUGGUUCUGAGCAUGGUACCAAUGUAUGUAGCCGUAAAACUUGAUGUCCAUUGGCAGCUGACAGCUCGACCAAGGUCAAGAGGUAUGCCCCAAAAAAGAAGAAAGCCGCCGCCUUUUCCCCAAAUGACGUCAUCGUAAAUCAUCGGAUUUAUGCGCCGAUUUUGUGUUUUUCACCCUCGAUGGAAAAAUGUGGCAGGCUGGGGACACACACACAAAAAAUAAUCCCUUUGAGAAGAGAACAAACAGUAUUGAAGUCGGAUUAUUCUUGCUUGUUUUUUAAACUUCUGUUUGAGUUUUUGGAGGAAGUUUGAUGAUCAAAUUUUUCAGAAAAUUCGGACGAAUCCAUGGGUCGGAGACGCAAAAAAGCCGAAAGUUUUGAACGACACGAUGAGCCGGAGUGUUGGGCCAGCGGUAGGAAACUUUUGAGAUUUCUCUAUAGGCGCCGAAAAAGUGAUCCCUAAAGGGGUAAAUUCAAGGCGAUCGCUAUAGGGGUUCAGAGUGUGACCUCAGCUCCUAAGUAGUCCCUAUAGGGGCCGCUCAAUUUCAUUUGGAAAGGGAUAUUUUUUCACUUUUCCGCAUGGUUCUUUGCCUAGAGUUCAUAUAAAAUAUCGACUAGAAUGUCCCCUAUAGGGGCCACUAACUAAAACCCCUAUAAGGACCACUUUUCGAUGAAAAAGACUUACAGGUUGGGCCGAAAAAUAUAUCCAAAAGUUUACAUUUUUCAAAAACCUGAUAAUUUUGAAAUUUUUUCUCACAGAGUAGGUCUAGCUUUCAUACAUCUACUAAAAAUAAACAUUGAAGUUGGAAUUUUUUGAUUUUUAGUUUUAAAUUUUGGUGAUGUGGAGUUCUUAGCAAUUAUCAACUCAAUUAAAGCCAUAUUUUUUAAUAAACUAGUUUUUUCAUUCAGAUUCAGAUUCAGGUUCAAAUUUGAGCUUUUUGCAUGAAAUCCUGACCUUAAUUUUUAUACACUUUCCCUAGUAGGUUUUCAUUUUUUCUUACACUCUACUAUUCGAAAAGCUCUGAAAGACCUGCUUUUUUGGAAAAUCUUUGGCGAAUCCGUCUUUGUGAUCAUUUCAGUUUUAUUCAAAGCCGUCUUAAAAGUGAUCCCCACGUUUUCUUUCUAUUUUGAGGCAAAUAUUCGAAAAAAGCCAUGUCAUUCUAAACAUUCUAGGCUUAUUUUUGGCUAGCCAGAAGCUUUUUUUCUUGUCAAUCAUACAAAUAUAGCUCUAAAAAGGCCUUUCUAAUUUCCGGUUCAAAACAAUCUGAAAAUCCAUGAUGUUAUGAUAAGUUUUGUGCUAUUUGAAAUCAACUAAACGUUGUUAUUUUUACAUUUUCGUGAUACUUCCAAUAUCCGGUCCUUUAAAGCAUCAAAAAUCCUUGUUAAUAAGUUUUUUUGUAAUAUUGCAAGUCAACGAAGAGCUCUUAUCUUGACGCUUUUGGGGAGUUCACGUCAUUUUUAACUAUUUCAUUUUAUAUUGGGCAUGUUAAAAAACAGCAACGAAAGAAGGCAGAAAGAUCCAUUGAGAAGCUGAAAUUGUACCCUUUUGAGAGAAUUUGCAAAAUUUUUUUGAAGGAAACUUCACUUUUGAUACCUUUUGGAAACAGAAUUACCAUCUGACUUUCAAUUUUCAGGACUUCCGCCGACCGCCGCCGACUCUCUGCGUGGCAAGUCCCGACACGAGCGUCUGCAGUUCUGGAUACGCUUCCCACGACAGCAGGUUCGACAAUAUUUUCGGCUCAAAAAAAGAAGAAGGGUCCGACAAACAACCCGAUUAG